AUGUUAACUCUUGUUGUGUUCUUGCUUUGCACAGCCUCCUCUGUCUCAGCUUCUGCCAAAGGUGGUGCUGCUGGACCCCGGCUGAGCAACAACCAGCUGUACAAAUUCAGCUACAGCACUGAGGUGCUGGUGGACAGGGAGAGGGGGUCAAGAGAGGGCAGUGCUGGCUACAGGAUCUCGAGUGAUGUUGACGUCAGCCUGGUGUGGAGAGAUCCGAGCAGCAAGGAUGACCAGCUGAUUCGACUGGCGAUCUCAAAUGUGAGGAUCGAGCCUGCGUCCCAUCGACCUGAGAAGAAGAACGUCCUCCAUGGAUCAACAGCUGAAAGUGUUUUGGGGAAAACCAAAUUAGCAGCUCUGACAAAACCUUUCUUGGUGCAUCUUAGAAAUGGAAAGGCAAAAGCAUUUUAUUCCUACUGGGCCGAACCUGCAACCAUCAAGAACCUAAAACGAGGACUGGCCAGCUUACUGCAAGUACAGCCCAAUACUGGGAAGGUUAUAGAGAAUGAUGUGUCUGGACGGUGCACAGUCGAGUACAAAGCAGUAAAAGGUCAAGUGACGAGGACCAAGAUCCUGGAUACAUGUAAGACUGCGGAGACCGGGUUUACCACACACAGUCAGGUCUUGGGUGUCAAAAGGAAGUCCAGUUCUGUUACAGUGUUCACGCUCGAGGAUGGGUUCAUCCGCUCGGCCGUGGCUGAGGAAAUGCACUCGCUGGUUGUUAAUGCUCGCAGAACUGUUGCAGCUAAAGUCGUGUCCAGGCAAACCCUCACUUUGACAGGCACAGAGGCCGGUCCACUGGAGGCUGCUGGGAAGGAUGUCUCUGGGGUUGUCAAGUCAAUUGAUGCCAAACUGGCAGCUGUUGGCAUCGUGGCUGAGAAGGUCAAAACCCAGUGCAAGGGUUGUCCAUCACUUUUUGAACAUUGGCAGGCUCAACAGAAGCAGCUGGAGCCAGAGACCCUGUCUAAAGCCGUGGCUCCUCGCAGCUUCCUGGCCCUCAUCCAGAGCAUUAGGAAGUCGUCCAAGGACGAGAUCCUCAAAGUGCUGAAGAGUGCCAGCAAGACAUCUCUACCUCAGGUGGUGGAUGCUGUGACCUCCUCCCAGACUGCUGCAUCUCUGGAUGCCAUGCUGGACUUCCUGAACUUCACCGAUGCCAAAGGUUUGGUCCUGCAGGAGAGAUUUCUCUAUGCGUGUGGCUUUGCUUCACAUCCCAACGAGAGAAUGCUCCAGGCCUUGGUGGACAUUUCUAAGGGAAAGAUUGGCAGCCCUGACAUCAAAGAGUCCGUGGUGAUCAUUAUGGGAGCCCUGGUCCACAAACUGUGUCAGAAAGGAGGGUGCAACCUACCGACAGUGGUGCAGGUGAAGAAGAUGAUAUUAGAUGGUCCUGUCAGCACGCAGGUUGAGUCCGAGGUCCAGAUGUAUCUUCUGGCUCUGAAAAACUCGCUGCUCCCCGAGGCCAUUCCCAUCUUUACCAAAUACGCGGAGUCAGAGGUCGGAGCGUACAGCACCAUCGCCCUCACAGCUCUACAGAGAUACGAUGUCAAGCUCAUGACCGAUGAGGUAAAACGGACAGUGAACAGGGUUUACCACCAGAAUCGACGGAUCUACGAGAAAAACGUGAGAGCUGCCGCCGCUGACGUCAUCCUCAGUAGCGACCCCUCCUACAUCGAGGUCAAGAAUCUGCUUCUGUCCAUCGGAAACCUGCCCCACGAAAUGAACAAGUACAUGCUGUCUAAGAUCCAGGACAUCAUCCGCUUCCAGCUGCCUGCCAGCAAAGUCAUACGCCAGGCUAUGAAGGACAUGAUUUCCCAUAACUACGACCGUUUUGCAAAAGUUGGGUCGUCAUCAGCUUUCUCAGGAUUCAUGGCACAAUCUGCUGAUGUGACCUCCACAUACAGUUUGGACAUCCUGUAUUCAGGCUCUGGGAUCCUGAGGAGAAGCAACAUGAAUAUUUAUGGCGCUGGUAAAGGAGCAACGCUACAUGGACUACAGGUGGCGAUUGAGGCCCAGGGUCUCGAGUCACUAAUUGCUGCCACACCUGACGAGGGAGAGAAGGACCUGGAGUCGUUUGCUGGGAUGUCGGCUCUGCUGUUCGAUGUCCAGCUGAGGCCCGUCACCUUCUUCAAGGGUUACAGUGACCUCAUGUCCAAGAUGUUCUCCAUGACUGGGGAGCCCAUGAACGUAGUGAAGGGUCUCAUCCUGCUGACGGAUCAUUCUGAGGUCAUCCAGCUGCAGUCUGGUCUGAAGGCGAGUGCAGAGUUUCAAGGAGGGUUAGCCAUUGAUAUUUCUGGAGGCAUGGAGAUCAGUCUGUGGUACAGAGAGUCCAAGACCAGCGUCAACAACAGAGGAGCGCUGGUGGUCACUGGUAAUGUUACUGUGGACAUGGACUUCAUGAGAACGGGUAUGGAGGUUAGCUUUGAAACGGAGGCAUCGCUGGACUUCAUCACCACCGUCCAGUUCUCUGAAUAUCCCUUCCUGGUGUGCAUACAGAUGGACAAAACCACCUUCCCCUUCAGUGAACACCUGACCAAAUAUGACAGCCUGCCAUCGGGGAAGAACGUCGUGUCACGAAAGAGCAAGAAGCAGCUGGUCCCUGGCUCUGAAUUCCCUCUUCACCAGGAGAACUCAAACAUGUGCAAGAGGGUUUUUGACUCCAGCUGGUAGAGAUACCAUGAACUAUCCAGGAGCAAGUCUUCAUUCUUAUGGGCAGGUUUUUGUCACUCAAAGAGGGUUCAUUGCAUUCAGGGACAGCUAUCACACCUCAGCCUCAAGCAGUGAAUGACUGAAAGAGAGAAAAUUUGUGAGUGUUUUUUUUUUUUUUUUUUAACAACACAUGCAAUGUUUACAUUCCUGUGAGUAUUUAAGUCAUUUUAAUUUGACAUUUUGUUUUAAAUCAGGAAUUCUUGCAUUGUCUUUUUAUGGAUUUCUUUGAAAAUGUAUUUAUGACGGGCACAUACGUACAGGAUGUAUGUAAUACUCAGCACGAAUAGUACCACUGUAAUUUUCCCCAACACAGUUACAGUAAAGACGUACAUGUAAAUAUCACACUGAAGACAGUGGAUUAACUUUCCCCUGAACAGAAACUCUCCUUUUGAUCAAUGUGUUUACUGUGGAGGAGCAAUUUAUUGUUUUAUGUCGCUGUAUUGCUGUUCACACACUUGAAAUAACUUAUGUUCCAGAGAAAUUAUAUGCAUUAAUUCCAUUUUUUAUGAUCAUGUUGGUGAUUUGUUAAUUGCUCCUACAAAGAUGACAUGUGUGCAUUGUCUUUACAUUGUACUUGGAAGAUUGAAUAUGAAAAUCUUAAAUGAAUCCAUCAACACUUGGAUAUAUAUUUUUUGUACAUGGCUGUAAUUGCUGAAAAUGUUUGGGUAGGGUAUAAAAGGCUUUUGAACUACUCUUAACUUGUGUUUCAGCAAUUAGGAAUUGGUUUGUUGGAUUUAAUUGGCUGACAAUAAAUGUGCACUGGAGACA